GAUUACUCUGGCUUGAACUAAAUAAUUCUCUGUCGGGUCUUCAUGCCGGUGCGAGAACUCAUCAUCAUCGUCGUCGUCGCCUGUUCGUGGUUUGUAACGCUGGCGUGUUGUGGCUUGCAAGAGGAGGGCGUAAUUGGUUCCGAUAUAUUAACCUAGACGAGCAAGCAUUUUUGCCUCAAAAUGACUAUAGAGACUGCGCUGCAAAGCGAACGAAAAUCGGUUAGAAAAUGCAACGCCCGUGCAAGGAUACAACACUUUGUGCCCUGGCCAAUUCGGGCACAAACAGUAGAGCUGCAGACGCAAGAGCGAAUUUUAAUUCCAAUUUUGGAUGGUGAAUUUCGGAGCUAUCGAUCAAAUGAUCUAGACACGGAGGAUCGCAACAGUGAAAGUGAAUGUUUGCCCUCGAGUGGGUGCCAAUGGCAGGCGAAAGACCCCGAGCUAGAUGAUACCGAGGGUGACUCCUCCGAUUGUGACAGUGAUAGUGAUAGGAAUAGGUGUCCAGUGGUCGGAGUACGCACACGGCGACGCCUCCGAUGGCAUGUGCAUUCGCGGCACCAGCAGCAGCUUCACCUUCAUCCUCGAGCCUCUCCGUGGAGUCGCAUCAUCCAGUUUCAAUUAGUGCUAGUGUUAUCGUUAGUUUUAGUAUUUAGCGGUAUCAAUUCCGCGGUUAACUGUGAUGAAAAUGUAACGAUCGUUAGUGGAAGUGGUAGUGUCGUCGCGGAUCGUAAGCCUGGGUUAGGCUUUUCGGUCUUCUUCGGCAACAGGAGCAGCAGCAGCAGCAGCAGUUAUAGUGAUGAAACGAAGCAUGUGCUUCCUAAAGUCAUAUAUAACUGGGCGGACGAUGUGUCAAGUGUAAACGUAAUCGAUGAGAAGCUAGACGGUGCACGUCAUUUCACACAUCACUGGGCCGUGCACAUACCGGACGGCGAUCAGCAAGAUCUAGCUGAUCGAGUCGCUGCCGAGCACGGUUUCAUCAAUCGUGGCAAGAUCUUUCACGAACACUACCACUUCGAGCACAGUCGACUGCACAAACGCUCGCUUAAUCCCUCCAAACCUCACCAGCAGCGGCUGGAAUCGGACCGGCGUGUUCGAUGGGCGAAACAGCAGCGCGCUAAAUCGCGCCAGAAGCGUGACUUCCGACCGCUAACGAAAGCGUACCAGCUGCCCAUCCAGCUAAACGAUCCAAAAUGGCCCGAAAUGUGGUACUUGAAUCGUGGCAACGGGCUAGACAUGAAUGUGAUUCCUGCGUGGAAGGAAGGCGUUACGGGGAAAGGUGUCGUGGUAACGAUUCUGGACGAUGGGCUAGAAUCGGAUCAUCCGGAUUUGGAGCAUAAUUAUGAUCCAUACGCAUCGUACGAUGUAAAUAGCUCCGAUAAUGAUCCGAUGCCCCAUUACGAUCUAACCGAUUCGAACCGGCACGGAACGCGGUGCGCUGGUGAGGUGGCUGCGACGGCCAACAAUUCCAAAUGUGCUGUUGGCAUUGCGUACGGUGCGAAGGUUGGCGGUGUGCGAAUGUUGGACGGUGACGUGACCGAUAUUGUGGAGGCACGCUCGCUCGGUCACAACUCGCAGCACAUCGACAUCUACAGUGCGUCCUGGGGCCCGGACGAUGACGGGAAAACGGUGGACGGACCGGGCGAGCUGGCAACGCGCGCCUUCAUCGAGGGUGUGCGGAAUGGGCGCGGUGGCAAGGGUUCCAUAUUUAUCUGGGCCUCCGGGAAUGGUGGUCGCGAGCAUGACAACUGCAACUGCGAUGGCUACACCAACUCCAUCUGGACGCUUUCGAUAUCGUCCACCUCGCAGGAGGGUCAGGUGCCUUGGUUCUCGGAAAUGUGUAGCUCCACGCUCGCCACGACGUACAGCAGUGGCAACACGAACGAAAAGCAGGUGAUCACAACGGAUCUCCAUCAUACGUGCACGUCGUCGCAUACGGGUACCUCGGCAUCGGCACCGCUUGCGGCCGGUAUUGCGGCACUGGUGCUGGAAGCUAACCGUAAUCUAACCUGGCGUGAUCUACAACAUAUCGUCGUCAGAACGGCGAAACCGGCCAACCUAAUCGAUCCGAACUGGUCGGUAAACGGUGUCGGUCGACGGGUGUCCCAUUCGUUCGGUUACGGCCUAAUGGAUGCAGCGGCCAUGGUCCGUUUGGCGCGCACCUGGAAAACCGUCCCGGAGCAGCAGGUCUGCGAAAUCAACGCCCGCCAUCUGGACAAACAAAUACCUCCCCGUACCAAAGUCACCAUGCAGCUGAUUGUGGAGCACUGUAUGGGCGUGAACUAUCUCGAGCACGUACAGGCAAAAAUCACCCUUACCUCGCAACGACGUGGCGAUAUCAAAAUCUUCCUAACCUCGCCAUCCGGUACGCGAGUCACGCUGCUAACGCCAAGAUCCCACGAUUUGUCCCGGUCCGGGUUCAAUCAGUGGCCGUUCAUGUCGGUGCACACUUGGGGUGAAGCACCACACGGUACCUGGCAGCUGGAGAUCCACAACGAAGGCCGUUUGUUAGCUCAAAUCACUCAAUGGGAUCUUAUUUUCUACGGCACGGAAACGCCUGCCCAACCGAACGAUCCGGUUCGAUUUGGCAAGCCCGGUUAUGAUAGCAAUUUCGGCGGUGAAAUGGAACAUAACGCGCUGGAGUUUGACAGUGGCGUGACGAGCGACCAAUGGCGUGAUAUGCAGCAAGUAAGUAGCGGCCACAGCGAGGUACAGCGAACCUCCUCGAACGAUGUGACGGCGGUAUCCUGCGCACGGUUUGAUGCCGCCAGCUGCAUAGAGUGCAAAUCGACCGCUUACCACUACAAAGGCCGCUGCUAUAUUCAAUGUCCACCGGGAACGUAUCCUUCGGCAUCGCUUGCCCCAGAACCGAACAACAACGGCACGGCAGCUCAUCAGCCGGACAUCGAUGAAAUAGCAACCAACUACGGUCAGCGACCCCUGCCACCAUCAUCGCUUCGUCGCCGGCGCCAAGCGCAACAUGUGGUCCAGGCGAACAGUGCUCCAACGACCCAUCAACCGAACGCUACCACUACUAUCAGCGAACCACCCCGCUGUCUCCAGUGCCAUACGACUUGCCUGAAGUGCGUCGGCCCGAAAGCGACCGAUUGUACCGAAUGUCAGGCUGCGUUCCGCUUCCAACCGAUUGCAUCCGGUGGCGAAAGUCGCAUUUGUGUGUCAAUCAACGACAAGCAGCAGUACGGAUCUUCCGCGAACAAUAAUGGGUCGCCGGGACGGUUGAAAGCUCUCGGGAUCGCGGUUACGGAAACGAAUGCUACACACGCGGAACAGGCUCCACACAGCUACCUUCCGUCGGUGCUGUUUCUGGCCGGUGUGCUUGUGGUCGCAGUCGUCGCCAUUUACGUACUAUGGUUGCACUGCUUCCAGGGAACGCCCGGCAGCAUCAUCGCUGAUCUGACCGGUGCUAGCAGUGGAGAUGGUGGGGACGGUGGUGGUGGUGGCGGCGGCGGUGGAGGUGGUGUUAGUGGAAGUGCCGGGUUGGCCAGCAUUCGGUACGAUCGGGUGCACACCAACGAGCAGGAUGAGGAGGCGUACGUGUACGAGGACGACGAUGAAAGUGGCGAAACCAGUGGCGACGAUGACGGUGAGCUGUUGUCCGUAUCGGCCACAAAAAUUAUUGCACCAAUCGAGCGGUAA